AUUUAUUACCUAUUCACUCCUUUCUAAUAUGCCAUUUGGAUUGUCAAAGAGGAACACUCUAACUCUUUGUCUGCUGUGCCUAUUUGUGACCUUGUCAUAUCUUUUCUAUAUUACACAAGACGCAAAUAGUCUAUUGUUGAGACAACAGCAAGAGUCACAACAAGGACAAGAUCAAUUGACUGAACUAGAGCAAUUGGUAGAUCAAGAACCUCCUGUAGAAGAGAAUCCAUUGAGACAGUGUAUUUCCAAUACAGAAACAAGAGAUAAUAAAACAUUAACCCAGGAAGAAUGGAAGCAAUGUCUACAUGAAGGAGAAGACCCUUCAUUUUACCUAUCCAUUGUCCUUGUCACUCGCAUGGAUGAUUAUGCUGGUAAUCAACAUCAUCGAUUUCAAAAUUUUAUAGACAGCGCUUAUUUACUUGCCGAACAUUCACAGCAAAAGAUCGAAUUGCUCAUUAUCGAAUGGAACCCUCCAGCAAAUAAACGUAGGGUGCUGGACGCCUUUAGAUUUCGCAGAUCAAAGCAUCUAACUUAUCGUAUCAUUACCAUAUCACCCAAGAUUCACAAUAUACUGCCUAACCUGGGAAAUGCCCCGCUCCAUGAGUUUGAAGGAAAGAAUGUAGGAAUCCGAUUUGCUCGUGGGGAAUACAUUGUUUGUACAAACCAAGACGAUAUUUGGUCUCACAACUUUAUCAAUGCUAUUCAAUCCAAAGUGUUCGAAAAAGAUACCAUUUAUGUACAAUACCAGAGCAGACAUGAUAUACAUGACAAUCUACCACCCAGUAUUGUCAAAUUAGAACCUUUCCCAGAUGACAAGACGUUGUACAAUGCAUGUAAACUUCGAGAACAGGACUGGGGAAACUAUCAAUUGCCUGGACCAUCCACUGUCACAGCUGAGGAUUAUUGGUACUAUGGAGAUCAAGCAGGAGACUUCACAAUGGCUCACAGAGAUACUUGGAAAGAACUCCGAGGCUAUCGUGAAACAGGCGGUGUGGCCUGGGUUGAUAUUGAAUUUAUUCUGACAGCUGUAGGCACGUUUGGUAAAAGAUUGGUGUAUAGUGGUGAUACAUUUACUUGUCAUCAAGAGCAUCCUAAUGAAUGGGAAAAGACACCCGAGAGACAUACAGCGAAAACCAAUGUCGCAGACAUUCUGAAUAACAAAACUUAUUUAGUUAAUGAGGAGGACAAGUGGGCUCUAUAUAAUAUUGACAUCUGGCAAGAAGGAUUAGAAUGUGUCGAAUUUGGAGGAGGGUUAUGUUUGUAAAUAAAAGAAGUCAUAUUUUAUAAGCAUAAUGUCUUUUCUAAUCAUUGUCCUUAUGCUCAUGGGUCAACUUUAUGCAAAUGGUUUUUGACUGAG